CCUGUGUGAGAGGAGGUACGCGGUUCUCCGGGCCGGCCCUCCCGCUCGCACUGCGCCUGCGUGGAAAGCGGGGUGCAUGUCCAGCCGGGGAGCAGUGGUGUUGAGAAGGGACGCUUGGCGGUGGCUGCCAUGUUGCUCUCGGCGCCUUUUCGGAGGCUCCCUGGACAUGCGGUGAAGCAGAUUCGCUGCUUUCAUGCAGCCGCUGUGCGCAGUAGUGCUGGUGGAGCCUUGUUUGUGCACAGAGAUACUCCUGAAAACAAUCCAGAUACUCCAUUUGAUUUCACAGCUGAAAAUUAUAAGAGAAUAGAGGCAAUAGUAAACAACUUCCCAGAGGGACACAGAUCUGCAGCUGUGAUGCCAGUCCUUGAUCUAGCUCAGAGACAGAAUGGAUGGCUACCUAUAUCAGCUAUGAAUAAGGUUGCUGAGAUUCUUCAGAUGCCUCCCAUGAGAGUAUACGAAGUAGCAACUUUUUACACCAUGUAUAAUCGUAAACCUGUUGGAAAGUACCAUAUUCAGAUUUGUACAACUACACCUUGCAUGUUGCGAGACUCUGAUAGCAUCUUAGAAGCCAUCCAGAAGAAGCUUGGUAUAAAAGUAGGGGAAACAACACCUGAUAAACUCUUCACACUCAUUGAAGUAGAAUGUUUGGGUGCCUGUGUAAAUGCUCCGAUGGUGCAAAUAAACGAUAAUUAUUACGAAGACCUCACCCCAAAAGACAUUGAAGACAUAAUUGAUGAACUGAAAGCUGGAAAAGUUCCAACACCUGGCCCAAGGAACGGACGCUUCUCAUGUGAGCCAGCUGGUGAACUGACUUCCUUGACAGAACCACCUAAAGGACCUGGUUUUGGAGUUCGGCCAGACCUUUAACAAUCUUGUACUAAUUGUAAAAUAACAAAAAAGACUAAUAAAUCUGAACUGUGGAUACAUGAAAA